AUGAUGGGUUGUUGAGUGAGAACGAAGAGGAAGACGUACCGUCGGGCGAGCUGGAGAAGGUGGAUGCCGAGGGGACGCCGGCGGGGAAGCCCAAAGGGACCAGCCCCACCGGUGGAGAGGGGACGAAGCCCGGUGACGGUCCCCAAAAACCGGAGAACCAGCCCAGAAAGCCAUCGGGCAAGCGACAGGGUAAAUCGGGCCACCGAGGCUUCAAGAAAUUCCCCCCGCGGAGCUUGCUCGGCCACGGCCGCUGCCACGACUGCGGCAAAGCUUUGGCUUUCGGUUCGGCCUUCAACAAACGCCGGCGAGGGACCGAACGACCCCAUAAAUGCCCCGAAUGCGGGAAGUGUUUUCGGCUCAGCUCAACCCUCAUCACCCAUCAACGCCGGCACGCCGGCGAUAAACCCUACAAGUGCCCCGACUGCGGCAAAACCUUUAGCGUCGGUUCAGCGUUCAUCCAGCAUCAACGGGUGCACGCCGGCACUGGUGCCGGCGCGGCGCCUUGCCAAUGCGGCGUCUGCGGGAAGAGUUUCUCGGCCAGUGCCAGCUUGGUGAAGCACCAAAAAUUACACCUGGAGGAAAAACCCUACAAAUGUGGGGAUUGCGGGAAGGGUUUCAACUGGAAUUCGCAUCUGGAGCGGCAUCGCCGGAUCCACACCGGCGAAAAGCCCUAUGCCUGUCCCGAAUGCGGUAAGAGCUUCAGCUGGAGCUCC